AGAAUGAGAGCUUGCACUCUGAGGAACACAGCAUGGUCAACUGUGUGCUGGAGAACGUGGAAAAUAUCGGGAUCGUGGGUAAUCAGCACCAGCAGUUGCAAUGCUCUCAAAUGGAUAAGAGACAUUUCUCCCAUGACCUCUUGUCUGUUUCCGUUCAGUUCCCUUGGCAAAGAGCUGUUUUUCAUAACGGUGUCCCUUAUUAUAUCAAUCAUGAGCAGCAGACCACCUCAUGGGAUCAUCCAAAGAUGACACAGCUAUUUCAGUCAAUGGCUGAUCUGAGCCACUUGCGUUUCUCUGCUUACCGCACAGCGAUGAAGAGCCGCCGGCUACAGAAAGCCCUCUGCUUGGACCUUUUGGAGCUCAGCAUCGCCCAGAGUGUCUUUGAUCAACACAAACUCACGCAUAAUGGGCAGCUACUGGAGAUUCCAGGCAUCAUAAACUGUCUCUGCACAAUCUACCGUGAACUUCAGCAGGUGCAUCCGGAUCUGGUUAAUGUGCCUUUGUGUGUGGAUCUGUGUCUAAACUGGCUUCUAAAGGUCUACGACAGUCCUACAGCAAUAUUUCUAUUUUUUGCCAAGAGGACAAGCUAUCUGUUCGCUCAGGUGGCUGGUGCUGCAGGCGUCUGUAACCAGAGGCAGCUGGCGUUACUGCUACACAACAGCAUCCAAAUCCCACACCAGCUCGGGGAGGCCGCAGCGUUCGGAGGGAGGAACAUGGAGCCCAGUGUCCGUAGCUGCUUUCAGAAUGUGGGCCGUGAUGAUGUCAUUGAGCUGCAGCAGUUUGUGGACUGGAUGCAUUUGGAGCCGCAGUCCAUGGUCUGGUUGCCUGUCCUUCAUAGAGUCGCCGCCGCAGAAACCGCCAAACAUCAGGCCAAAUGCAACAUCUGUAAAGAGUGUCCCAUGGUGGGCUUCAGGUCGACACAGAACAAGAGAGAAUCCAGUGCCAUCUUACCUGUAGCAGAAUCUCACCUGUCAACAGGAAAAAUGUGA